CAGUCGGCGCUUCUCUGUGUGAAGUUUAGCAUAGCAGUCGGUGCUUCUAUUACUGCAACUGCAGGUAACUCCUCACCAUGUUUUUCUCCAUCUGGUGAUUUUGCCUUUGGAUUUCUGCCACUUGGAAACAAUGAUCUUUUCCUGCUCUCAAUAUGGUAUGCCAAAAUACCAAACGGAACCAUAGUUUGGUAUGCAAAUAGGGAUAAUAAGCCUGCGCUUGCGCCUAAUGGAUCAACUGUGAACUUGGCUAACAGUGGACUAGAGCUUACAAGUCCUCAGGGUGAAGAGCUAUGGAAAUCUGAAACCAUUGUUGGUGUUGUUGCCAAUGGGGUCAUGAAUAAUACUGGCAACUUUGUUCUUCAAGAUGGCAAAUCAGGAAAUUUAUGGGAGACCUUCAACAAUCCUACAGAUACCUUGUUGCCUGGACAGAAAAUUGAAAGAAGUGGGACGCUUUCAUCUCGAUAUUCGGAGACUGACUAUUCAAAGGGACGGUUCCAGCUGCUUCUGCAAGAAGAUGGGAAACUUGUGCUCAGCUCCAUAAACUUGCCAACAGAAUUUGCCAAUGAACCUUACUAUGAAACCGACACUACCUCAGGGACUGUGGCAGGUAGCGAAGGUAAAGAAUUGGUUUUCAAUGUCUCAGGCUACUUGUAUGUUCUGAGAGAGAAUGGUGGAAAGUACAAUCUUGCAGGGGAAAAGGUAGUCUCAGCAAGGGACAACUAUAUUAGAGCAACUCUCAACUUUGAUGGGAUUUUCGCUCAAUAUUAUCACCCAAAGAAUUUCACUGGAAAUGUAAGCUGGACUCUUCUGUGGUCAGAGCCAGAUGAUAUUUGCCGAAGAAUUACAGAAGAUUCAGGUUUUGGUAUUUGUGGGUACAACAGUAUCUGCAAGCUCAACGCUGAUAAUAGGCCAACCUGUCAAUGCCCAAGAGGAUUCUCUUUACUUGAUCCAAAGGAACCAUUUGGGAGCUGCAAACCGGAUUUCAUACAAGGCUGUGAAGAAGAUGAGCUUACUACCACAAAAGAUCCAUAUGAUGUAAUCGUGAUGACAAAUAUUGAUUGGCCAAUCUCAGAUUAUGCGGAGUUCAGACCUUUUACUGCAGAAAAGUGCAAUGAAUCUUGCUUUCAAGAUUGUUUGUGUGCUGUUGCUGUUUUCAGGAAUGAAACCUGCUGGAAAAAGAAAUUACCUCUCUCAAAUGGGAGAGUGGAUGUUAGUCUUAAUUCAAAGGCUUUCUUCAAAGUCAGAAAGGAUAACACAACUCUACAAUUUUCUCCAAUGCCAAAUCCAGAUGAUACGAAGAAGAAGAGCAGUAACACUUUGAUACCCAUGGAAUCCGUAAUUCUGGCUACCCCUAUCUUUGUUAGUUUUAUGUUUAGUGCUGCUGUUUGUCGGAUUUUCUUCGUUUUCCAGAAGAAACAAGUAAGGUCUAUCAAAAAUAUGUUGGACUCAAAUUUGUGUUCUUUUAGUUACCGAGAGCUUCAAGAAGCUACAAAUGGAUUAACAGAAGAAUUAGGAAGGGGUGCGUUUGGAGUUGUUUACAAAGGGACAAUACAAAUUGGUUCUGGUGUCCAAGUGGCAGUGAAGAAGCUAAACUGUGUGAUACAAGAUGGUGAGAAGGAAUUCAAGACAGAACUGAGCGUAAUUGGUAAGACACAUCACAAGAAUCUAGUUUGCCUGGUUGGGUAUUGUGACGAAGGGCAACAUCGAUUGCUAGUAUAUGAGUUCUUAAGCAAUGGCACGUUAGCAAGCUUCCUUUUUGCUGAUACAAAACCCAGUUGGACGCAGCGAAUUGAAAUUGCUUGUGGAGUUGCCAAGGGACUUUUGUACUUGCAUGAAGAGUGCAGCACCCAAAUCAUCCAUUGUGAUAUAAAGCCUCAGAACAUACUGCUUGACGAUUAUUACACUGCUUGGAUCUCUGAUUUUGGAUUGGCAAAGCUUUUGAUGAUGAAUCAGAGCCACACACAUACUGCCAUUAGAGGAACAAAAGGGUAUGUUGCCCCUGAGUGGUUCAGGAACAUGCCAAUCACUGCCAAAGUUGAUGUGUAUAGCUUUGGUGUUGUGCUGCUUGAGAUCAUUUGCUGUAGGAGAAGCGUUGAUGUGGACAAUAGCAGUGAGGAGAGAGCAAUUUUAAUGGAUUGGGUCUAUGAUUGCUACCGCGGAGGAAUGUUAGAUGCUGUUCUAGUUCUAGAUAAUGAAGUUCAGGCCUUAGAUGAUAGAAUGAAGCCGGAAAAGCUUGUGAUGAUUGCUAUUUGGUGUAUUCAAGAUGACCCGUCUCUUAGACCAACUAUGAGGAAAGUUGUGCAGAUGCUUGAAGGCGUGGUGGAAGUGCAUGUUCCUCCAUGUCCAUCCCCAUAUACCACCAGAACAGAUGUGGCACACGCAUUUAUAGCAAGAAAUUUCAAGGAAACAAGGUCCACGGCCCCAUUCUUCAUUAUGAAAUAUAGCCAGCUAGGCUAUUGUAGUAUGCCUAACCACAUUGGUGCUAGAAAAUUAGCAAUGGCUUUUACUGUACGGCUGCUUCUGUUUUCCUCUCUGUUUCUGCUACCAGUUUCUGUGUUUGCUCAAACUAAUGGUGGCAUAGCAGUGGGGGAUUUCCUAACUGCAACUGCAGCUAACUCCUCACCAUGGCUUUCUCCAUCUGGUGAUUUUGCCUUUGGAUUUUUUCCACUUGGAAGCAAUGAUCUUUUCCUGCUCUCAAUAUGGUAUGCCAAAAUACCAGACAGAACCAUAGUUUGGAAUGCAAAUCGGGAUAAUGAGGCUGCAGUUGCACCCAAGGGGUCAACUGUGAACUUGACUGCCAACAGCGGUCUAGUGCUUAGAAGUCCUCAGGGUGAUGAGCUAUGGGAAUCUGGAACCAGUGCUGGUGUUGUUGCCAAAGGGGUCAUGAAUGAUACAGGCAACUUUGUUCUUCAAGAUAGAAAUUUAGAAAGCUUAUGGGAGACCUUCAACAAUCCCACUGAUACCAUGUUGCCUGGACAGACAUUUGAAAGAAGUAGGAAGCUUUCGUCUCGACAAUCGGAGACUAACUAUUCGAAAGGACGGUUCCAGCUGCUUCUGCAAGAUGAUGGGAACCUUGUAAUCAGCACCAUAAACUUGCCAACAAACUUAGCCAAUGCACCUUACUAUGCAACCGACACGACCUCAGGGACUGUGGCAGGUAGUGAAGGUAAAGAAUUGGUUUUCAAUGUCUCAGGCUACUUGUAUGUUGUGAGAGAGAAUGGUGGAAAGUACAAUCUUGAAGUGGGAGAGGCAGUCUCAGCAAGGGACAACUAUAUUAGAGCAACUCUCAACUUUGAUGGGAUUUUUGCUCAAUAUUAUCACCCCAAGAAUUUCACUGGAAAUGUGAGCUGGACUCUUCGGUGGUCAGAGCCAGAUGAUAUUUGCCAAAGAAAUAGAGAAGAUUCAGGUGUUGGUGUUUGUGGGUACAACAGUAUCUGCACUCUCAAAGAUAAGAGGCCAACCUGUGGAUGCCCAAAAGGGUUCUCUUUACUUGAUCCAAAUGAUCCAUAUCGGGGAUGCAAACCGGAUUUCAUACAAGGCUGUGAAGAAGAUGAGCUUAGUCGCACAAACGAUUUAUAUGAUGUUGAGGCGCUAACAAAUACAGAUUGGCCAACCUCAGAUUAUGUGCAGUUAAAACCUUUUACUGCAGAGAAGUGCAAUGAAUCUUGCUUUCAAGACUGUUUGUGUGCUGUUGCUAUUUUUCGGUCUGAAACCUGCUGGAAAAAGAAGUUACCUCUCUCAAAUGGGAGAGUGGAUACAGGUCUUAAUUCACAAGCCUUCAUCAAAGUCAGAAAGGACAAUUCAACUCUACCAAUACCAGCUCCUCAACAUCCAUGUCCAGAUGAUAAGAAGAAGAAGAGCCAGACCACUGUGAUACGUGCAGAAUCAGUGCUUUUGGGUACCUCUAUCUUUGUUAAUUUUAUCUUAGGUGCUUGUCUUUGUCUGGGAUUUGUCUUGAUUUUCAGGAAGAAACAUGUAAGGUCUGCCGAAAUUGUUUUGGACUCGAAUUUGCGUUCUUUUAGUUAUGAACAGCUUCGAGAAGCUACAAAUGAUUUCAAGGAAGAAUUAGGCAAAGGUGCUUUUGGAACUGUUUACAAAGGGGUACUACAAAUUGGUUCUGGUGUCCAAGUGGCAGUGAAGAAGCUAAACUAUGUGAUGCAAGAAAUUGAGAAGGAAUUCAAAACAGAACUGAAUGUAAUUGGUCAGACACAUCACAAGAAUCUGGUUCGCCUUUUCGGAUAUUGUGAUGAGGGGCAACAGCGGUUGCUAGUGUAUGAAUUGUUGAGCAAUGGCACAUUAGCAAGCUACCUUUUUACUGAUAUCAAACCGAGUUGGAGACAACGAAUUGAAAUUGCUUAUGGAGUUGCCAGAGGACUUCUGUACUUGCAUGAAGAGUGCAGUACUCAAAUUAUCCAUUGUGAUAUAAAGCCUCAGAACAUACUGCUUGACGAUUAUUACACUGCUCGAAUCUCUGACUUUGGAUUGGCAAAGCUUUUGAAGAUGGAUCAGAGCAAGACUCAUACUGCCAUUAGAGGAACAAAAGGGUAUGUUGCACCUGAGUGGUUUAGGAACAUGCCAAUCACUACCAAAGUUGAUGUGUACAGCUUUGGUGUUGUGCUGCUUGAGAUCAUUUGUUGUAGGAGAAGCGUUGAUGUGGAAAAUAACUGCGAAGAGAAAGCAAUAUUAACGGAUUGGGUCUAUGAUUGCUUCCUUGGAGGAGCAUUAGAUGCUAUUGUAGAUUAUGAAGUUCAGGCCCUGGGUGAUAAAACGACACUGGAAAAUUUUGUGAUGGUUGCUAUUUGGUGUAUUCAAGAAGACCCUUCUCUUAGACCCAAUAUGAGGAAGGUUGUUCAGAUGCUUGAAGGAGUGGUGGAAGUACAAGUUCCACCAUGCCCUUCCCCAUUUUCCAGAGCAUGCUUGAAGGAGUCAUUUGUAUCGCAGGUUUAAAUCAUUUUCGGUACUAAGUUGCAUAUUUUCUGUUUAUCAAUCGUUUUUAGUGGACUUAUUUGUAGUUUUGCAUCGCUUUAAUUUGGCCAUACUGAUAAGAAAGAAGGCUAUAUGUAUGUAAAUUUUUGUGUAAGUUAUGUUUUUGUUGGGAAGGACAAAUUCUGUUAAGAAAACGUAGUGCAACUAUGUGUUUGAUUAAUCACAGUAUGAAGUUUGUGGCC